AUGGAAUGCACACCAAAAUGUCGCCUUACCAAGCACGCCGAUCUGGUGCUAUCCGCGAUUACCAAGGAAGAUGCUGCAUCGAUUCGAGCGAUCUUGCCCCGAAUCUGCUCGAACUUUGCGCGCGUUUCGGAUCAGUUUGGUCGAAAUGCCUUGCAUUUGGCAGCAUCUUGCGGCAAAGGCGACAUUUUGGAAUGGCUGGUGAAAGAUCAAGCUCUUGAUGUGGGAUCGAAAGAUCUGGAGUCUGGCUGGACUGCCCUGCACAGAAGCUUGUUUUAUGGAUAUCUUGACUCAGCUGUGAAGUUGAUUCAGGUACACACUUGUAACUCUGUAAUAUGA